UGUCUGUUGCUCCAUGCUGGCAACAGCAUCUGCACUGUUGGCAGGAGUGACCAGAAUAAAAACAGGAACACCAGACAUCGGGGAGGGAAAAAGGCAAAGUGAUCCAUUGAACGCUAGACUUUGCCCUAUCCUAAUUACGUCGUGUCCUGUAUCUUUUUCUCUCUUUUCCUUUUUUUCCACUCUCCAAGACUUUGGGCUAUCGUGGUAGUCAGAUAGAGGAGCAUAAAACGUGCAUAUCCAGGAGAGAGGUGCCGUAUUGUGGAGCGAGAUGGCUACCAGAGAGGUUCUGCUGUUCUUCUGUGGACUCUUCCUCGUUGCUGUGAUUCAACCGUCCCUCCAAGGCGGUGUGUUCGUGCCUGCUGGUGCAGGAGUUGGACCAGGUGGAGUUGGACCAGGUGGGGCGGGACCGGGAGCGGCCCUCUUUCCAGGUGCCGGGAGAGUACCUGCGGGCUACAAACCGGCUAAAGCAGCGGCGGGAGGUUAUGGAGGGGGUCGAGGUAUAGGGCCUGGGGGGUUUCUGCCCGGUGGUCAUGGAACAGGUGGCUUGGGCACUGGAGGACUGGGUGCAGCAGGAGCCGGUGGAAAGGGUCCCAAACCAGGCUAUGGGAACCUCGGUGCUGGGGGUCUAGGUGCUGGGGGUCUAGGUGCUGGUGGUCUAGGGGCUGGAGGUCAAGGGGCCGGAGGUCUUGGGGCUGGUGGAGUCGGAGCAGGAGGUGGCUACGGUGGAUACGGAGGGCCCGUUGGUGGAGCAGGUGGCUUUUUCCCUGGUGGAGCGGGGCAGAAGGGUCCUAAACCAGGCUAUGGAGCACAUGGCGUGCGUCUAGGUGGACUAUACCCAGGCUACGGGGGAGUCUUGCCAGGAGCCGGGUUGGGAGGCGCUGGUCUGCAGCCAGGCCUAGGCGCAGGAGUCAAAGGUCCCAAACCACCGAAAGGAGGAUAUGGGCCUGGUGGUGCUGGAUACGGGCCAGGCGGUGCAGGAUAUGGGCCUGGUGGUGCAGGAUACGGGCCUGGUGGUGCUGGAUACGGGCCAGGCGGUGCAGGAUAUGGGCCUGGUGGUGCAGGAUACGGGCCUGGGGGUGCAGGAUACGGGCCUGGGGGUGCAGGAUACGGGCCUGGGGGUGCUGGAACCGGAGCUGCAGUUCCUGCUGGAGUGCCUGUCAUUCCCCAGACGGGACUGCCGGGAGGAGUCAAUCCUGCUGCUGCAGCUGCUGCUGCUAAGAAAGCUGCAAAACUGCCAGGUGUUGGCCUGCCUGGCCUGUACCAAGGAGGCCUCGUACCAGGACAAGGGUUCGGUGGUCUUGGAGUUCUCCCCGGGGUAGCCACUGGCACUGGACUAAACCCUAAAUCACUUCCCGGCGGAGGUCAGGGAGGAGCAGGCACAGCAGGAGGCCGUGGCUACGGUGGACCAAUGCAACCCGGGGUGUUCCAUGGAUAUCCGCUCAAAACACCCAAAGUGCCAGGUGCCUAUGGAGCAAAGAAAGCUGCUGGUGGCAAAGUUCCAUAUGGCUAUGGGGGCUUCGGGACCGGGGGAGCUGGCAGUCUUCCUGGUGGGCAAGGAGGUGCCGGGUCCAACCCAGGGUACCCCAUCGGAACCGGCGUGGGCGCUGGAGGAAUCUCACCGGCCCAGGCUAAAGCUGCCAAAUACGGUGUGGCUGCGGGUGCAGUGCCAGGUGGUGUACCGGGAGCUGGAGGUGUCUACCCAGGACAAGCCUACCCCGGUCAGGCCUACCCAGGACAACAGCCAGGGCAAGCCUACCCAGGACAAGCGUAUCCAGGACAGCAGCCAGGGCAAGGAGGUAUACCACUAUACUAUGGUUACGGAGCUAGUGCAAAGGCAGCUAAAUACGGUCUUCCAGGGGCAGGGGCGGUCCCGGGUGCUGGGGUAGUGGCUGGAGGUGCAGGCCUCCCUGGGGGAGUCCCAGGAGGAGUCCCUGGAGGAGUCCCUGGAGGAGUCCCAGGAGCUGGGGGGUAUUCAGCAGCGGCUAAAGCUGCUAAAUAUGGAAUAGGAGGAGCUGGUCUCGGAGCCGGAGGAUACAACCCCGCAGCAGGGGGAUACAACCCCGCAGCAGGGGGAUACAACCCCGCAGCCGGAGGAUACAACCCUGGAGCAGGGGGAUACAACCCUGGAGCAGGGGGAUACAACCCUGCAGCAGGGGGAUACAACCCAGCAGCAGGGGGAUACAACCCAGCAGCAGGGGGAUACAACCCAGCAGCAGGAGGAUACAACCCUGCAGCCGGGGGAUACAACCCUGCUGCCGCCAAAGCUGCUAAAUAUGGACUAGGAGGAGCAGGUCUCGGAGCAGGAGUAGGGCCAGGAGCAGGUGGACAAGUUGCAGGAGGACCAGGGGCAGGCCUCGGGGGAAGAGGAGUCGGAGCCGGAGGAUACAACCCCGCUGCCGGAGGAUACAACCCCGCUGCCGGAGGAUACAACCCCGCUGCCGCCAAAGCUGCUAAAUAUGGACCUGGAGGAGCAGGCCUCGGAACAGGAGGACUAGGGGCAGGAGGAGUAGGACCAGGAGGAGUAGGACCAGGAGGAGUAGGACCAGGAGGAGCAGGCCUUGGAGCAGGAGGAUACAACCCCGCUGCCGGAGGAUACAACCCUGCUGCCGCCAAAGCUGCUAAAUAUGGACCUGGAGGAGCAGGCCUCGGAACAGGAGGACUAGGGGCAGGAGGAGUAGGACCAGGAGGAGUAGGACCAGGAGGAGCAGGCCUUGGGGCAGGAGGAUACAACCCCGCUGCCGGAGGAUACAACCCUGCUGCCGCCAAAGCUGCAAAAUAUGGAACAGGAGGAGUAGGAGCAGGCCUUGGAGCAGGAGGAUACAACCCCGCUGCCGGAGGAUACAACCCUGCUGCCGCCAAAGCUGCUAAAUAUGGACCUGGAGGUCUAGGAGGAGCAGGAGGACUAGGAGGAGCAGGAGGACUAGGAGGAGCAGGAGGACUAGGAGGAGCAGGAGGACUAGGAGGAGCAGGAGGACUAGGAGGAGCAGGAGGACUAGGAGGAGCAGGAGGAGGGGGAAGAGGAGUCGGAGCAGGAGGAUACAACCCCGCUGCCGGAGGAUACAACCCUGCUGCCGCCAAAGCUGCUAAAUAUGGUCUAGGAGGAGUAGGACCAGGAGGAGUAGGACCAGGAGGAGUAGGACCAGGAGGAGUAGGACCAGGAGGAGCAGGCCUGGGAGCAGGAGGAUACAACCCCGCAGCCGGAGGAUACAACCCCGCUGCUGCCAAAGCUGCUAAAUAUGGAUUAGGAGGAGUAGGCUUUGGAGCAGGAGGAACGCGUCCAGGAGCCGGAGGAGCGGGAACAGGAGCAGGAGGAUACAACCCUGCAGCAGGGGGAUACAACCCUGCAGCAGGGGGAUACAACCCUGGAGCAGGAGGAUACAACCCCGCAGCUGCAGGAUACAACCCCGCUGCCGCCAAAGCUGCUAAAUAUGGACGAGGAGGACUAGGAGGAGCAGGAGGAGCAGGUGGACAAGUUGCGGGAGGACCAGGGGCAGGCCUCGGGGGAAGAGGAGUAGGAGCCGGAGGAUACAACCCCGCUGCCGGAGGAUACAACCCCGCUGCCGGAGGAUACAACCCUGCUGCCGCCAAAGCUGCUAAAUAUGGAGUCCAACAAGGCAUAGGAACUGGUCUGGUCGCCGGAGGGUACUCUGCUGCUGCCAAGGCUGCCAAAUAUGGUGUGGACGUUAAUGCAGCGCCCAUUAGUGUUGCAGGAGGAGCCGGGGGGCCUACAGUAGGGGGAGCACUGCCUGAACCAAGAGGAGAUGGAGGAUUCGCUGACUCCAAGACUGAUAAAUAUGCGGAAUCAGGGAUCACCGGCACCGGUAUACACUUGCACCCCACUCCAGGGCAGGCUGUGGAGGUGCAGCCAGGUCUAACUGGUGGGGCGUCUCCGGCUGGGACGGGUGUCCCUGUCGCUAGUAAACCAGCAAAGGAAGUAGGUUUAGAAGGAACGCCUGGCCCAGAGUCCACGCCUAUUGCCCCAGAGGUCACAAAGCCGAGUGUUGGUGGUGGAGUUGUUCAACCUAGUGGCGCUGCUGAAACUGGUCUGAAACCAGCAAAGAGUUAUGUAGCAGUUGGGACUGGGGGAACUGGCGGCGGAGGGAUUCGUAACCCCUGGCUCGGCUACGGAAAUCCCUACGGUGCUGGAGUGGGCCUGGGAGGCGGGCCCGGAGGUGUGCUGCCCUUAGCUAAACCACUGAAGCCCCCAGCGUUUGGCGGAGCCGGCGGGGCUGGCAUUCCUCUGUCGGCCGGACUUCCUGCAGGAGGAUACGGUCCAUACGGUCCAUAUGGUCAAGGUUAUGGACAGGGUGGACAGGUGUACCCUGCUACUGGGGGGCUGGGACCCGGUGGAGCAGGAGGUUACGGCAAUCUGGGAGCUGCUGGGGGAUAUCCACAAGGUGCUGUUGCUCCGGGUUAUGGUGGUGGAUACCCACAGCAGGCUGGAGGUGGAUAUGUCCCUGCCCCUCUGACUCCUCAACAAGCCAAAGCAGCAAAGUAUGGAGCGUUGGGGGGAUUCCUUGGGGGUGCAGGAGGAGGAGCCUACCGGGGUUGCCAGGGGAAGUUUUGUGGCAGGAGGAAGUAACGGAUCUCUGGGCUACGCUGUGACCUCAAGAAACCAUGGUGCUACUGCAUGAUGUCGAAUGUACAUUUUGUAUGCAAACACAUCCCCCGAUUAGAGAGCAUGUAGGGAUGGUUGAUUCUUACUUUGUCCUACAGACCCACCGACUCAGAAUUUUGUAAAACUUAUCUUUGAUGAAGCUAGUUGAACUGAUGAAUGAUAUGAUAACAUGUCCGUUUAUCAUAUGAUGACAUGACAUUUCUUUUGUUUUGUUUGUUGUACCGCUUAUAGGGUCAGAUGAAGAAAGUGUUUUUGAACAGACAACCCGCCCUCAUUGCUACUAGGUUAACUAAUAUUUGUGUAAAGGACAACAUGCCAGUUUCUCAAAAUGAGAAACUGGUGGCCCUCAAAUAAAAUAAAAAAGUCCAAUAAAAUAAAUAAAAACUAGAAUAUAGAAAUAGUUAUAUGUUUUAAAUUCGAGAGAAACAGUGUUUUUUGCAGAAGUCUGUGUUUAUGCCCCUUCAACCUAGCCUGGUGAAAUAUCACUUGUGUAGAGGACAAAGGGAUUGACGCGUGCGUGCUAACACAACCGUACAAUACCAUCUUGUAAUCGAUUGUGCACACUGUAGGCAUUUGGUCCUCCAUCCUUGGAUGUGUUAGGGUUCUCAAACCACCACCCUGCAUAUCCUAUGGAGGUGGAGGUGAGAGGUAGAAGGCAUGUCCCUGGUGCUGACGCAUACUUCUUCAUGGUGCAUGUUCUCUGUUCAUGUUAAGCUUGUGACUGUAAAGAGCAGCCAGUUUGCCAGGUUGUUAUGACCUGCUCUCCUCAACAAUGGUCAUUCUAUGCAGUUAAGCAGCCCUGAUGUCUCCUUAUUUCUACCAUGACCAAAAGUGUAAAUGAAUGAAGGACCGUUUUCUGCUCUGGAUUAUUGUAUGCCAAAAGGUGUUUCAUGUCCUUAAAAAAAAAAACGUUAGGAUACUGCUCUGGUAUGUACAUUGUUGCAGGACAAUGACUUGAGUGUUGAGUGUGGUAUGGUGCUUUAUUCACCCUCAAGUGUAGUCUCACUUAUUAAGGCUUUCUGUAUUUACAUUUAGGCAACUUGUCAUUAUUCAAGAUUCUGUUUUCACCCGACCUUAUUUUCCUCAUAAUUUUGUCAUUAGCAGGUAUGUCUGAACAAGAAGUGAGAAAAUAUGUUUUAAACUUUGCUUCAGCAUUUAUUCACUGUUGAGAAUUAUACUGACUAAGAGCUUUGUUUAAAGAGGGAGACUACCUAUGUGUUUAUGCCCUGUCUAAGUGGGACUUUACCGACUUGAGUUACAUUAAAGGAAGUCUCACGCGUGAUCAGCUCAACUAAUAAUAGACUCCCUCUUUAUAUAUGUGUGUACUGUAUUUUAUACCAGUUGGACUUAAGCGCACUUGGUUCUAUUUCGUGCUUCUGUAAGAACUAUAUUUGAGCCUUGCUAGGUCCGACCUUGUCUUCUGUGCCGUGAGAUACUAUGUUCAUCUUAAUUUAAAAAAAGAAAUUAAAAGGAGAACCAUGGGGAUUUUGCACUUUUUUGUAUUUCUACGACACACUAUGACAUGCGCCAGACAUCCUGGCAUUUUAUUUGCUUCAUAAGAUAACAAAAUAAAAUGUGUUUAAAAAAUCAA